AUGCAUCCGUUUGCGCCUCUUCUCGCAUUUCUUGCAUCGUUUGCUGUGCCAUCGCUUGCCCUCCACCAUGGACCGGGUAUCAAUGCAACAUACGACUACAUAGUUGUCGGUGGAGGAACCUCCGGAUUAGCGCUUGCAGCACGACUUGCCGAGGACCCUUCGAUUAGCGUCGCUGUCGUGGAGGCUGGUGGUUACUACGAAGAGGAGGGUGGUCCUGAAAAUGUUAUUCCGGCGCUGUGUCCGUUUGCCAACACCAGCACCGAUCCGGCCGACAGCUCUCCCAUUGACUGGAACUUUGAUACACUGCCUCUGACGGAUGCGAACAGUCGCGUCAUUCGGUACGCGCGAGGAAAGACACUCGGCGGCUCUUCUGCUCGUAACUUCAUGGUUUACCAUCGAGGCACAAGAGGCACGUAUGACCAGUGGGCUGAGCUUACAGGAGACUCCUCGUGGAGCUGGGAGUCAGUGCUACCGUACUUCAAGAGAGGCUGCACUCUCACACCACCGAACGAGGCUACACGAUUCCCUAAUACAACCGUGACAUACAAUGACGCAGCCUGUGACCCAGCAGGCGGGCCUCUCCACGUCACCUGGCCCAACUACGGCGACCCAUUUGCAACCUGGGCAGCGAUCGGGCUUGAAGCGAUCGGUAUGUCGCCGGCCAACGACUUCAACAGUGGCGAGCUGAAUGGCACGGCAUGGGCAUCCAAUACAAUCCACCCGCGCAGGCAAAUCCGCGAGUCCUCGGAGACCAGCUACCUGCGCAGUGCUUUGAAGACCAGCACCCUUGCGGUCUAUGACCAUACCAUGGCGCUGAGGAUAGACUUUGAAGGCUUGAAUGCUGUCGGCGUCCAGGUAAAAACUGCUGGGAAGCGAUAUACCCUCCGAGCACGCAAGGAGGUCAUCAUAUCUGCCGGAGCGUUCCAGUCGCCGCAGCUUCUCAUGGUGUCGGGCAUCGGGCCCAGAAGUACCCUUGAACCUCUCGGCAUCACCGUGAUAGCGGACUCUCCGGGCGUUGGGCAGGGAAUGUGGGAUCAUCCCAUCUUCAAUGUGGCAUACCAGGUCAAUGUCGAGACCAUGACCCGCUACCAGACGGAUCCUGAGUACGCAGCCCAGGUGAUGCUAGAGUACGAAUCAAGAAGAGAGGGCCCGCUCACCACCCCUGUUCCUGGUAUCCUAGGAUGGGAAAGGCUCUCUGAAAGCCUCCUUUCUGCCGAAGCGAUAGAAGCUCUUGCAGUCUUCCCCGAUGACUGGCCCAUGGUGGAAUACAUCAGCCGGGGAACCGGCCUCCUCGACCCCAGCGAUGGCAGCAACGGGGAACAGUAUGCAGGCAUCGGCACCGCAUUAGUGGCUCCCCUCUCGCGUGGUAGUAUUUCAAUCAACAGCAGCAGCGCCGAGCACCCGCCUCUCAUUGACCUGGGCUACCUCACCCACCCGGUAGACAGAGAGGUCGCUAUUGCCGCGCUCAAACGGACCCGGCAAGCAUUCGAAGCAUCGGGUGUGACAGUUGGUGACGAGUAUCAACCCGGCCCAGCGGUUCAGACGGACGAGGAGAUUUUGGAGUACAUCCGUGCUACAAUUAGCCCCGUAUACCACCCAGCGGGCACAUGUGUCAUGGGGAAGGCGACUGAUCGUAAUGCGGUGGUGGACAGUCAAGCCCGCGUCAUUGGAGUCAAUAAUCUGCGAGUAGUCGAUGCAAGCAUCUUUCCUGCUCUGCCGCCGGGACAUCCGCAGGCCAGCUGUUAUAUGGUUGCUGAGAAGAUCGCGGAUGAUAUUCUCCAUGGGCCUUCUCAAUAA